GGCCGGGCCGUAGCGGGCGGUGGUCCGAGGGCGGCCGGCGAGGAGCCGCCCCCGGAGCCCACCGCCUUCCCCGGGAAUCCCCGACUGCGCGCCGAGGGUGCUCCCCGGUUUUGCGUGGGCUCCGGGUGCGUCCGUGCCCUACACCUGCCGGCGGGUUGGGGUUUCCCGUGCGUCCCGGGCCUCGCUUCCGCUCCCCGGGGCGCGGUCCGAACCCGUCGGCGCCGGGGGCGGGAGGCCGUCCCGGGAGUCGUCGGCGACUCCGCCUCUGCGCCCGGCCCCGGGCGGAUGACCACGUGACCCCCGCCGCCAUCUUUCUUCCUGGCGCAGAGUCCGGGCGGCGGCGUCGGCGCCCCAUUGCGCAGGCGCUUGCGAGGCGCGCGGCCCGUCGUCCCGGUCGGGUUCUUCUCAGGUCCGGCCGCGCUGGCGGCGAAGAUGCUGGCGGCGAAGAGGCUGGUGUCCGCCCUGGGCCCCCUGCUCCGGCCGCCGCCCGCCCCGGCCGUGCCCCGCGCGCUCUCCACGCUCCUGCCCGGACGCCCUGGCGCUGCGGGGGCCGCGGGGCUGCCCGCCCGCCUGCUGCCCGUCCGCCUGCUGCCCGCCCUGGGGCCGCCCGGCCUGCCGCCCGCGCUGGGGUUCAAGACCAAGGGCGUCGUCCGGGAGCGCUGCCGGGACUGCUACCGGGUGAAGAGGCGCGGCCGCUGGUUCAUCUACUGCCGCGCGAACCCGAAGCACAAGCAGAGGCAGAUGUAGCCGGGCAGGGCCCCAGCUGGGGACCGACAAUAAAACGUGAACCGCGUGGACCGUG